AUGCUUUGCGCACUGGACAUCUUCUUUAAUACCUCGGAAUCCAACAGCACAGAGGACAUGGAAGUCACGGGGAAUGCCGGGAAUAUGAGUGCCAAAAGAAACGACAGUGAUCCGUUUGGACGAAAUGAAGAGGUGGCCAAGAUAGAGAUCACAGUUUUAAGCCUCGCUUUCAUAGCCGCUGUAGUGGGCAACGUGAGCGUGCUGCUGGCCUUGAGCCGCAGUAGGCGCAAACUGUCCCGUAUGCACCUGUUCAUGCGCCACCUGAGCCUUGCAGACCUGGUGGUGGCUUUUUUCCAAGUGCUGCCGCAGCUCUGCUGGGAGAUCACAUUUCGUUUUUAUGGACCUGACUUUUUGUGUCGCAUUGUGAAGCACCUGCAGGUGAUGGGCAUGUUCGCAAGCACGUACAUGAUGGUCAUGAUGACUGUGGACCGCUACGUUGCCAUUUGCCACCCGCUGCAAACGGUCCAGCAGCCCACACAGCGCGCCUAUACCAUGAUUGGAGCCACAUGGGCGUGUAGCCUGGUUCUCAGUUCACCGCAGUACUUUAUCUUCUCCCUAAGCGAGGUGCGCCCCGGGUCAGCCGUGUACGACUGCUGGGCACACUUCAUUGAGCCUUGGGGCGGGCGCGCGUACAUUACCUGGAUCACAGCAGGCAUCUUUGUCGUGCCCGUGUCUGUGCUGCUCUUCUGCUAUGGGUUAAUUUGUUUUACUAUAUGGAAAAAUCUCAAACUGAAGACCCGUCGAAAAAGUGUUGGAGCCGUGGUAGAAGCUACAAAAACAGGAAUCCUGGGAAGGAACUCUGUUAGCAGCGUCAGCACCAUCUCUCGUGCCAAAUUACGCACAGUCAAGAUGACCUUUGUGAUUGUGGUCGCCUAUGUAGUGUGCUGGGCACCAUUCUUCACCGUGCAGAUGUGGUCCGUUUGGGACAAGAACUUCUCCUGGGCGGACUCAGAAAACACUGCGGUGACAUUAUCUGCUCUUCUGGCCAGUCUGAACAGCUGCUGUAACCCAUGGAUCUACAUGCUCUUCAGUGGUCACCUCUUGUCAGACUUCGCCAGGAGCCUUCCCUGCUGCGCAAAGAUCAGCUCCAAGUUCAGCCACUUAGAGUCCGACAGCAGCAUUCGCAGAACCACUCUGUUGUCCCGCCUCCAGACCCCCCGUCUGUCAGAGCCUUUCAAAGACAACGACACCGCUCCUAAACAUGUUAUUCCUGCUCCGACUACCUCAUGA